AGGUAAAAAAAACGAGUUCACCUUAGUCAAUGAGGAAGAAGUCGACCGAACAACGCACACCAUUGGGUUGCCUCCCAACAAGCGCCUCUUUUUAUUGUCGUUGGCCCGACUUAUUGCUCUCUUUCAUCAAAUGGUCCAUGGUGGCUUCCAGGGUGGCCUCAAGGGAGCCACAAAUCUCACCACACCAUGCUUGACGACAUCCCAUAUCCUCGGUGUUGAAUGCUUCACCGGAUCUUUCCUCCAUGGCGCUGAUUCCUCAUGUAUGUAUGUCAAUCCAUGCUCAAUCACGGUCACCGUCUCAUCAAACUCCCAUUUGCACCUUUCAUUCUGCUCGAUCGUCUCAAGGGAAGGUAUAUCAAGGCCCAAGACAUGCUUCAGUGCAUCCUCGCUCAGUACCCACUUCAUAUUGGAAGAGAUAAGACAAGGUUCAGCUUCUAUCGGCACAAGAGCGGGGAGAACGGUACGCCUUUUGGCUCCAACAGGUCGAGUACUGGGUCCAGCAAGUGGAGUACGGGGCACCCCAGUACUCUGCUGCUUCGACUCUGCUUUCUCUAUAUUCGUGAUUUUUCCGUUCUCCAACUCGUAUGUACACUCUCCAGGUUCCUCUAGAUCCUCACAGCACGAAUUG